CCCUACAUUCAGCUUUUUUCCACAGCCUGCUCUUCCUUUUGAAGCAAACCCAGCUAGGCGGGCAAGCUGUACACCUGAGGUACUUUAAACCACGCCUCCCGCGCGCCAGGGCCGAGAUCAAACGUUGUAACGUGGGACGAGGCACGACUCGGCAAAACUUGGCUCGUCGCAGGCCCGGAAGAUUCUGAGCCCUUCUUGCCCCUCACUCCCCGCCGCCCGUCGUGCGUGGGCGCGCUCCGAGAAGGGCUCCUCAUGUUCCGGCAGGUGCUGCUGAGCCGCUUGCCCCCGCGAAUGUUGCCCCUCGUGGCUGCUGUGCUGCUGGAGCGGAAGGAGAGAAAAGAGACUGGCUUCUAUCACUGGCGGCGUGAGAAGCAUCCUUACUACAACCUCACAGUGAAAAUUCUCCGAGCCAGAAACAUUAAAGGAACAGAUUUCUUGUCCAAGGCAGAUUGCUUUGUGGAGCUGCGUCUGCCAACUGCAUCACCACUCACUUACCGAACUCGAGUUAUUGACAACUCCAGUGACCCAGAAUGGAAUGAAACUUUCCAGUAUAGAAUUCACAAUGCUGUCAAGAACAUACUUGAGUUGACACUCUUUGAUGAAGAUGUUCUCAUGAGUGAUGAACUUACUUCUGUCGUGUUUGAUGUAACAGGGAUGAAGCCAGGCCAUCGUCUGAAACAUACUUUUAAGCUAAAAGAGGACAAGGAGGAGCUGGAUGUAGAGUUUUUUCUGGAGAAAAGUACGAAUGCUCCAGGUGAAGUUAUCACAAAUGGAGCCCUUGUGGCUUAUCCUUGCCUUUGCCUUCAAGGGGUAAUUAAUAAAGAUGAAAAGUCAACGGUGAGAGAACAGGGAAGCAGUCACUUCAAGCUUUCACUUCCAGGAGCCUAUGAGAAGCAGUUGUGCAUUCCUUGCAAAUCGGACUCUGAUCAGGGUUGUGGAAUCCCAUUUGUCUUUCACGUAGGCCAAGAGAUGUGUGCAGAACUGGAUAUAGAGUUGGAGCAAACCAUUACAGUCCUUCAGGAUGGAGUGAGUCCUGAUUUUGAAAAACAUAGCACAGUUCUUGGAUCAGGGAUAGUUCCACUUCAGUCGCUUCCUCUGGGAAAGGAAGUUGAUAUGGCUGUUUCACUAGGAAAGGGGUUAAGUGUGGAUCUACAUGUGAAGGCUGAACAAAUCGCAAAGGAUCUAGAUGUACGUCUUGGUUUUGAUCUUUGUAAAGAAGAGAGAGAGUUUCUGGACCAGAGGAAGGAAAUAGUUUCUCGGGCACUAAAGAAGACACUCAAAUUGAGAGAGGACCUCAGUAAAGAUGAGGUACCUGUUAUAGCAGUCCUAGGAUCUGGUGGAGGGAUGAGAGCACUGACAUCAUUUUAUGGCAGUCUGUUUGGGCUUCAGCAACUAAAUCUUCUUGACGGUAUUACAUAUGUCUCUGGAAUCUCCGGCUCUACAUGGUGCAUGUCAAUGUUGUACCAAGAUUCUGAAUGGUCAUGUAAAGACCUCAGGGGCUCCAUCAGCAAUGCCCGGGAUAAAAUGUCAAGCAGUAAAGUAGGAGCUUUUUCCUCAGAGCGGCUAAAAUAUUACUUCCAGGAACUGAAUGCAAUGGAGAAUGCUGGACGGAAAGUGUCUUUCACAGACCUGUGGGGACUUAUUGUAGAGUACUUCUUGCAACAGAAGGAAGACCAGUCAAAACUGUCUGACCAGCAGGAAGCUGUGAAACGGGGGCAGAAUCCCUAUCCCAUUUAUGCAGCUGUUAAUGUGAGACCUAAUGUUAGUGGUGAUGACUUUGCAGAAUGGUGUGAGUUCACUCCCUAUGAGGUUGGGUUUCGCAAGUAUGGAGCUUUUGUCAAAACAGAAAAUUUUGACAGCGAGUUCUUCAUGGGACGACUGAUUAAGAAACACCCUGAGCCCAGGAUCUGCUACCUGCAGGGAAUGUGGGGCAGUGCCUUUGCUGCAAGUUUGGAUGAUGUCUUUUUGAAGGUGGUUGGUUCAGGACUGAGCUUUCUAGAAUCUCUGGGUGAUGUUGUCAAAGUUAUUGAUGACUGUCGACGAUUCCAUUUCCGGGAUCCUAUGAGACUGAAGACUCGUCUGGUUAUACCAGGUGGACCCUUGAUACAAAUUUUCCAGGAUUUCUUCAAGUCUCGUGUUACAGCUGGGGAAACUUUCAAUUUCAUGCAAGGCUUGUACCUUCACAGGGAUUAUGUCAGCCUCAAUAAAUUUGUGGUCUGGAAAGGUACCCACUUAGAUGCUUUUCCUAAUAUGUUGACUCCAGUGGAAGAAAAUCUGUACCUUGUGGAUGGUGGUUUUUCCAUAAAUUCUCCAUUUCCCGUGGUGGUCCAUCCGGAGAGAGAUGUUGACGUCAUCCUAUCAUUCAAUUAUUCUUGGGAAGCACCAUUUGAGGUCUUAGAAUUGACUCAAAGGUACUGCAAAGAACGAGAAAUUCCUUUCCCACAAAUUAUUUUGAAGAAAGAGGAUGAAGAAAAUCCCAAGGAAUGCUAUAUGUUUAUGGAUGCUGAGAAUCCGAAGGCCCCCAUAGUUCUUCACUUCCCUCUGGUUAAUGACACAUUCCACAAAUACAAAGCACCAGGACUAGAACGUGAAUCAGAAGAGGAGAAAUCCUUUGGUGAUUUUGUGAUUGAAGAAAAAGACUCACCAUAUCGGACACUAAACUUCACAUUUGAGUCCCAAGACUUUGACAAGCUGGUAGAAUUGAGUUCCUAUAAUGUAGUGAAUAACAAGGAUGCUGUUUUUAAAGCAUUAAAUUUGGCUUUAAGCAGGCGGAAGCAAAAAAGAAGAUGAGUGUGUCCUUGAAAACUGGGCUGUGAAUGGAUUGCAACAGUUCAUGAAAGAUUCAGUUAGAAAUUAACGACUCUUCAACGUGUCCAUUUUAUGUGGAUGGAGGUUGCACUACUAAAUACUCUUCAGAUUGCACUGAAAAUUUCAGUCUAUAUACAAAAGAAACUUCUUUCUUUUUUCUGACUCUGCUUAUGUGCAGUAAGCAAAAAGUUCCAGAGGACAAAAUACACCAGUACAGUUCCAGUGCUACAGGUCCAGCAUUUAAGACGUCAGUGUCAAAAUGUCCACUGGUAUACAGAUUUCUUCUCACAUCUGAGGAAGAAUCUGAGAACAUCUUAUAUUUGUUUUUAUUGUUAUUGUAAAUAGUCUUAAUUAAUGAAUAUGAAAUUAAUGUAAGAUGGGUUCUGUUGGGUUAAGGAAUGCAAUUACUACAUGCUGAAGGAGAAACCUUUUUGAAGAAGGAACAAAUUUAACCCUGAGGCUUGGGUGGUCUGGCCUACUACAUCAGUGCAUGAGGCAUGUUAUUUAUUUUAAGCAACAACCGUGUGUUUGAAUAAUGGGGACAGGAAUCUUGACAUCCUCUAUGAAAUUCACAAAAAAGUAAACUUUGUUUUUCACAAAGUUUUUUUAUUUUAAUUUUUGUAAAGAAGCUCAAGAGUACUUUUAUAAAUAAUAACAAUAAAAAUAUUUUUCUAUGCUUCCUGUAAUUUGGAGCAUUUGAUAUUUGUGUGUUCAUGAUACAGUGUUUCAUCUGCAGAUUGUACAUGAGUUUGCUACAGGUUAUUAGGAGAGAACUUGGUGUCCAUUUUUUUUCUGGCCCCAGAGCUUGUGAGGUUCUGGGUGAAGGCUGGAGAAAGUGACUAAGAGCACAAGGUAACCAUUAGGGUGUGGCAGUCUCAGAUAGGGCUGUAACUAGCUAUAUCUGAAUCUAGAACAGAGUGUGUGUUUUCCACCUCACGAUCCCUGAGGCUAGUGGUUUGAGUUGAUGAAGUUGGACCUUAAAGUGCAGCAAGCAGACAGUCCUCCUCUGCUAACAUGAAAAAGGCAGAAGCCAGGCUCCUAAAACUAACGCAGGUCUGCCAAUUCAGAGGUUUCAUACUGCCUUGCAAUUGCAGGACUGCUAUUGCAUACCAAACCACUCCUCCCUUCUGCAUGUGCAGAAGCUCUAAGGUCUGUGGUGGAUUCCUUGGCUGGGCCCCAGAGGCUCCUGCUUCAAGUUCCAGAGGCAGGCAAUAGGGAGCAGGGCUGUGUGAUUUAUCAGAGUCUCAUCCCUCAAGUGACAUUGCAAGAAGCUGAAUAAGGGGGUGGCUUCUGUGCGCACAGAGGAGUGUUAGAGUAGCUCCUUUCUUCACUACUGUGAAGCUGAUGGGAAAAGAUUGUGGGAGGUUUCAGCUUUCCCUCCUUGCAAUCUCCUCCACCCUCCCUCACUCAGGAGCAGCAAAGAGGGAGCUGCUCUUUCAGGCCUCCCUUGCCUUUGCUGAAGAUUUGGGGUUCAAGGAAGGGGCAAGGUUGGGGAAGUCUUGUGGGCUACAUACAGCCUAGGGCUGGAGGUUCUCCAUAGCUGUUUUAUCCCCCGGCCAAUACUGCCAGUGAAAACUGCUUUUCUCUUCCUCCCUGAAAUUUGUUUUGCCUGGAGAUAAGCUGCUAUUGGCACCAGGGGCAACUUCCUUCUCAGGGAAAAUUGUAGCAGUUUUGAGUGCACGUGGUUUUUAUUGGCACUGCAUUUGGGGUCAAAGAGCUCUUUUUUAAAAAAAUGAAAACCUCCACCCAUGCUAUGGUGCAACCCCACUUGCUAUUUUAAAAGAUCUGUGUGUGCGUAUGCACACACACACACACACACACACACACACACACACACGAAUAUGCAUUUAAUGCGAGGUCUAAUUUGGUUCUUAGAAUAAGGGUAACAUACAUUAGAUGAAAGCAAAUGCAGUCGCAAAUACUUAGGCUUUGAGGAUAAGGACUGAGGAGCUAUUUGUGUAUUGGGCUAAUGCAGUGCUGGCAUAUAAUUGCGCUAUAUGGCUUUUCAUAGUCCACUGAAAUUAUUAAUUGUGUCAUACGUUCAUUAAAAAAGUCCUUCUCCAUGAAUAUAACCUAUGUCUCACCUUUGACAUUUGAACGAUGUCAGUUAGAAUUCAGGCAAUAGUAAAAGUUCUGUUAGAAUCUAUUGUCCAGUGUCUCUAGGUUUCAGUUACUAGAUCUAGAACACCCUCUAAUGGUGGUUGUCCUACUUUGAAGUCUAAGCCAAGGUUACUACUAAAGAUUUAUUAAUAUUAUUUUGAUUGAUGAGAUUGAUUUUAUACUGUGACUCCAAUGGUAGCUGUUACUGUUGAAUGCUUCAACACUGGCUUGUAUCGAAAGGUUCUUUUGUGAGCCUGGAAAACAUUUUGCUCACACAAGGCAAUGGGCCAGUUGGGUACUUGUAACAUCGAAUGUAGCUUUAGUUACAUAGACUCCAUGUAUCUAGUCCAGUAAGCAGACAAAACAUGGACUGCAAAAGACAGCCAUCCUGCUUCAAAGUAGUGGUGAGGCUUGCACUAAAUACAACAUAAGAUAGCAUAUACUAUACCCAUAUUACCUAAUUAACAUGUCUGUUAAAGGCAUGGGUCUUAUCAGCUGUGAUCACCUGACAUUUUGGAGCUGAGUGAACACGGGAAGUCCUUUACAUAACAUGUUAAAUCAAAGGAGUUUUUUUUGUUAAUUGAAUAUAGUCAAAUGAUCCCCACAAUCAAUGAUCUUGAACCAUUAUGUCAAGAAUUCACAAAUAUUUCCAGUGCAAGAGAGCCAGUGUUUAAGUGUUUGAUAUCCAAAGCUGCUUUUACACAAGGGGAAAGCCAUUCUCACACAAGGCAGAAAGCAUUUUAACUCUGUGGUAUAGCAUUUGAGUUGCUGGAACAAUAGAGGUUUCCAAAGAAACUUAGCCUGUUUAGACUGAAAAUAUGGUUUAAUUUCAGGGUGGGCAGAAAUUAAUUCAAAGAUCUACCAGUAGAUCCUGCGUAGAUUAUCAACAUUUUUUUACCCUCAAUUGUUUAAAAAAAUGACUCCCCACCCACCCAAGAAUGAAACUAAGAAAGCUCUUUUCUAAGGUACAGUUGGUGUCUUUUCUCUUAGUUUUUCAAUGCCAAGUGAAAAUAUGGUUAUUUGCUUAGGCAAAUACAGGAAGUUAGUUCCUAGAUUAGGUAGGCUGUGGUUUAAUUAUUUUUUAAAUCUGUCCUCAUUUUAUUGUUUUAUUGUGAUACUGAUGUUGUACCCCACCCUGGGAUUGCCUGUGGGUUAGAAAUUUGCAAAUUAAAUAAAUAAAGCUUGGAGUAACCAGGAAUUAUUUUUGUAUUGAAGAAUGGUGAACUCACUUCAGUUCUGGGAUUCAAAACAAAACCCUGUGCUCAACAGCUGUUCAAAAGUGCCAUGUUCUUUAAUUGUAAGAGUAUGUCUUUUGCACCUGGCUCCAGAUGAUCAAUCCCAGGGUUCUAGUGUAGAACAAAGUAAUCCCACAAGCCUGAAGUCUGCUCUCCUGAAUUUUCAAUCUGUGCUAUCCCUUGAAGGCUUGCUACAGGUUAAAAUUGUUCAGUAAGAAAUGUUGUGAUUGUAUCUUACGAUUACAGUUACACAUAGCACGAAACAAGGAAAAAAGCAUAAAUUGCAAUUGUGCACAGCUAUCCAGCUGCAGCUUAACUCUCCUUUGUAUGGCUUUUUGGUUGUAUCUUUGAUUUGUUG